AUCUAGACGUCACUGGGUUUGAUGGCACGUGUAAUGUUGUUUACGUGCAAUUCGGUGAAAAGGCUAGCGAAAAACCGGCCAAUCUGCAUAUUUCCAUCCCUUGGAGCGCAUACACAUUCCCGUACGGAUAGAAUUAUGGCCGAAGAAAGCGUGAAAGCCGGCCCCCUGAAAACGAUACGGGAAGGAAGUGCGCAAAUACUGGUCGCGGAUCACGUAUUCUACAACCCGGUGCAGGAAUUCAAUCGUGAUCUGAGCAUCUGCGUGCUGACCACCUUCUCGCGGAUAUACCAGCGGGAAAAGAAUGAAGAACGCAAGCGAAAGAAUGCGUCGGAACUGGACGCAGCGACGAAUGUGACACUGGAGGCGGGAGUGAAACAUGAGGACGGAUUGCGCAUCCUGGAAGCACUGUCCGCGACGGGACUUCGGAGCAUCCGGUACGCGAAGGAAAUACCGGGCAUCAAGGAAGUCAUUGCAAACGAUCUGUCGAAAUCCGCCGUGGAAUCGAUCGAGCAGAACGUGAAGCACAACCAAAUGGAACAUCUGAUCAAACCCAGCUUUAACGAUGCAAUGACGCUUAUGUACAUGUCGACCAAACCGGACCAACACUUUACGGCGAUCGAUCUCGACCCGUACGGACAUCCGACACGCUUUCUGGACGGCGCUGUGCAAAGCAUUGCCGAGGGUGGCUUGUUACUCAUCACCGCCACCGACAUGGCCGUAUUGGCGGGAAAUUCACCGGAAGCGUGCUACGUAAAGUAUGGGUCCGUGCCACUCAAAACCAAAGCCUGUCACGAGAUGGCUUUGCGCAUACUGCUUCGCUGCAUCGAAACGACGGCCACCCGGUACGGACGGUACAUGAAGCCGCUGCUUAGCAUAUCGGCCGAUUUCUACAUCCGCGUGUUCGUUCGCAUUUACACCGGCCGGUACCAGUGCAAAAAGAGUAGCAGCAAGCAGUCGAUGGUGUUUCAGUGUACGGGCUGUGAAGCGCUAACGCUGCAACCGUUGGGCGUGCUGAAACCGAAUCCCACCGAAGCGAACCCACAGCAGAUCAAGUUUGGCAUUCCGACGGGGCCGUUUGUGGGUAGCCGCUGUGAGCACUGCAACCAGCAGCACCAUAUGGGUGGUCCGAUUUGGUCCGCACCGCUGCACGAUGAGGAGUUUCUGGGUGAGCUGCUUGAUACCGUCGAACAGGAGGAUUCGAAACGAUUGACCACGAUCAGACGGAUCUACGGUACGCUGGCUGUUAUCCGGGAGGAGCUGCACGAUGUACCACUGUACUAUGCGCUGGACCGUAUGUGUGGCAUACUGAAGCUGGAAUCGAUCGGAAUGCUAACCUUGCGGUCCGCUCUGUUGCAUGCGGGUUAUCGAGUGUCCUAUUCACACGCUAGCCGUACCUCGAUCAAAACCGAUGCGCCGGUCAGUGUGCUGUGGGAUAUUCUUCGCUGCUGGCAUCGAUUGCAUCCGGUUAAGGCGGAACGCUUCUUGGAAGGUGUACCGUUGACGGCAAUUUUAAGCAAACCACCGUCCCAAGAGUACAACAUCGACGACCUACACCCGGAAGCUAAUCCACCCAGUCGGAAGGAAUCGCUUAGCCGUUUUCCCGAGAAUCCCACCGCCCACUGGGGUCCGGGAACGCGGGCGACACAGAUGGUCAGCGAUAAUAAAAUGCUCAAAAGUGUGCAGAACCAGAACAGGCGGAAACAGAAAAGGGCACCAAAAAAUGGGACCACAAACCAGGAGGAGAACGAUGUCAAGGCCGAUAGCGAAUCACCGGAUAGGAAGGUGCCGAAAACGAUUACUACGGACUGCUGAGGAAGCAAGUCCUGGUUACUAUGGGAAUGCCGCCGUACGCGUCGGUAUGGUAAUGGUGGUACACACACACGUUGACUAGGGCAAGGAAAAUCGAUUAAACACAGCCCAUCACCAGUCUUCCCAAAUGCCACUACACACACGUUUAUUAGGCUCUCGUAUUGUUGUUAUCGUAGCAGGCGAUAUUUUAAUGUGAGCGAUGUAGCAGGUUACCGAGACGUUCAGAAGCAAACCGACAGCGGGAAAGUGACAUUCUGUUUUUUUUUUUGGAAACAAUAAAUCUUCGGAGAGCUCGUUAGAGGUGUCUCCGGUUCUGAAUUCUGGAUCUGAAGGACGUGUGUGUGUGUUGAAGUGCCUAACAGAGCAGUGAUGGUGGUGAAGCAGCCAGACACACCAGUUAAGCGCGAACGGAACGAGGAACACAUACCCUUCAUCGAUGGGGAAGGAAGCUACCGUAAAACGUUACCCACCCCACCGGAACCACAUCCCUCGAAACGUUGGUCCGAUUCACUGCCACCCAACGAACGUGUCUUUUACCAUCAAACGUUGAGCUCGGCACGGCGUGCAGCACACUUUGUAAAUCAUGGGUAAUACACAAAAACCCUUUUUUCUUUGCAAACAGACGCGAAUGCUUUUAAAAUCUCGUUCGCACCCGCUCACAGCAACAUCCCCGUAGAUUCGUUGGAUAUCACGCUGGCCGCUCAGUACAACCAUUCGGACGAUCUGUUCCUCGGCAAGAACGAUGUCGUGCUGCAGGACGAAACGCUGGGCAAACGUACCUUCCGCCGGUUGCGAAACACCCGGGAUCUGGUACCGGAGAAGAUAAUCCCGCUCAAACAUCCGCUGCUCGUCGGAGGAUUACGCGAGAAGGCAUCGCCGAACAGUGUGAAGCUGAUGAAUACUGGGCCCCACACGCCCCUAACGAACCCGGGCUAUUCGCGUCAGUCGGGUGAUGGAAAUUUCUUCAAUUAUUAAAAAUCGCUUUGGAAAAUAAAACACUAUUUGCUGAUUUUCAUGUUUCGCGUAGUUAAUUCAGGUUUUAUUUGAUCUUUUCACGGUUCCCACAUACACUGGUCCAACCCCUCCCGGGGGGAGAGAGGACUAAAUAUGUGGCUGCUAAAAGCUAACCUAAUAGUACAGAUAUAUAAACAUGGUAGAGAAAAUGAAGGGCGUUUUUAUUGUUGAAACUCUUAAACCGUCGUCGUCUCUAAAUCAUAGGCGAGCAUCUUCACUGCUCGUACAAAAAAUUAAAUCUAACCCUAAUAAUGUUAGAGCAUAAUCCCAAAUCUGGCCGUUACCUUCUUAAAUCCCUUUUUUUAGCACGCCGUUGUCGGUUUCAAAUUACAAUGCAUAUAAGUUUUUGAACAGGUGUGUGUUGGUGGGAAAAGGCAACACAACACACUACGUAUUGUGGAAAAUGUACAGCGCAACAAUGGGUCAAAGGGUGGGGAUAAUGAAGAAGUUAAUUCCAUGUUAGUAUGCUCCUAUUCUUUGCUGUCUGCAAACUCAUUGUUGAUAGAAAUGUAUAAAGCAAAGUAUUUGUAAUCGCAGUUCCGUUUCCCGGGCGGCAAAACACCAGGGGGCUCGAUCAGACCAACUUACCAGUCUCCACCGUAACGUGUAACACGAGUCCAACGCUUGCUUGCUGGUACAGGGUUUUCUGAUUUCUGAUAAUGUUCUUGUCGCCUACUGUGUUUGUAAUGCAGGGGUUCAUCUGGUGGGCCGCCCAAGAAAGGGAAC